UGGCAAAUGGCCCUUCAGCUACUACUGGACAUGCAUAGGGCAAACAUCGAUGCUGAUGUCAUCGUCUACAGCAGCGCCAUCAGCGCCUGCAAGGAAAGCGGUCAGUGGCCGGUUGCGCUGAAGCUUCUGGGGGACAUGUGGAUCAUCCAGCUUACGCCCAAUGAGAUGAGCUACAACGGUGCCAUCAGCUCUUGUGAGACGGGCGGGAAGUGGGAAGUGGCAAUCUACCUUCUGCGGCAAAUGCUGGAGCAACAGCUGGUUCCUGGCAUCAUUACAUACAGCAGUGCCAUCAGUGCCUGUGGAACUGGCAGGGAAUGGCAGCGUGGCCUGAAAUUAUUUGAAGAAACCCCCAGCAAGCGCGACGUCAUCAGCUACAACAGCACUAUCACAGCUUGUGAAAAAGGAGGAGAGUGGCAGUUGGCUCUCCAUGUAUUGUUAAGCAUGCAAGGCGAAGUAUUGCCAGAUGCAAUCUCUUACAACAGCGCCAUCAGUGCUUGUGAGCGGGGAGGGAAGUGGCAGAUCGUCUUGAAGCUCUUGGCUUGCGCAGUUGCUGCCGUUCACCCUAGCGUGAUAACGUACAACACGGCCAUCGCUGCCUUUGCCGAGGCCUCGCACUGGCUGCUGUGCUUGCAGGUCCUUGCUGAGAUGAAAGCAGCUGAAGUGGAGCCAGACGUCAUUACUUACAACAGUACUAUUGUCUCAUACGACAAGAAAGGCCAGUGGGAAGCAGUGUUGGACCUUCUUCGAGUCAUGGAUUCAGAAGAUAUGCUGCCGAAUGUCAUAACUUUUUCCAGCGCCCUCAGUGUUUGUGAAAGAGCGGCGCGCUGGCAGCUCGCUCUUCAGCUGCUGGCGAACAUGCAAAGCAAAGCCCAAGUUACACCCAAUGUCACUUGCUUCGACAGCGUGAUCGGCGCAGCCAGCGCGACCGCUGAGGCCUUGCCACAGCUACCGGUUCUGUUCAGGCGACUCCAACUGCUCCAGGAGGACUGGCGGACCUGGUCCCUUGUGCGGGGUUGCGAGUAA